AAGGCAACAUGGUUACAUGUUUCCAAAACGUGCACAUGUAGUUUGUAAGCACGAUGCUCUGCAGUCUUUUUCCACGUGGAAUAUAUCUGUUUAUUUUUGCUGCCUGAUCUGACGAGGCAGGGCUAUUGCAGGCCAAGGAUGGCUUUGAUGGUUAAUCCUUUGGCUCCGCUACAGUCAAAAGAAGCAGAGUGGAAGGAAAAGUCCCUUUUGCAAACAACUCAACCCUUUUAACAGUCUUCUACCUUCUUCAGCUUUUGCUGAGUUGCAGACAGAUAUUAACGAGCUGACAAACAACAUGGAUGGCGUGAAGAUCCCAUUCCUGGAUUAUCGGACAUAUGCAAGGCGUGUGCUCUUUCCGGGGGUGGAUGAUCACCCGGCACUUCAAGAAACCAGUACACCACCAAGCACAGAGAAAGGGCUCCGUCUCUUUGGGCAGUUGCUACACACGCGGCCUUUCCUGCUGACCUUCAUCCACACCCUGGAAGGCCAGCGAGGUUUCUCCAUGCGAGAUAGAGGCGCUGUUGCUUCUCUGACGAUGGUGGCCCUGCAGGGCAGGCUUGACUAUGCUACUGGGGUGCUGAAGCAGCUGCUGGCGGACCUCAUUGAGAAGAACCUGCAGAACCGUGCCCACCCCAAGCUGCUGCUCCGCCGGACGGAGUCGGUGGCCGAGAAAAUGUUGACCAAUUGGUUUACUUUUCUGCUGCAUAGGUUCCUGAAGGAAUGUGCUGGGGAACCAUUAUUCAUGCUGUUCUGUGCCAUCAAGCAGCAGAUGGAGAAAGGCCCAAUAGAUGCCAUCACAGGCGAGGCACGCUACUCGUUGAGCGAGGACAAGCUCAUUCGCCAGCAGAUUGAUUACAAGACCUUGACAUUAUUAUGCACCCCUCCUGAGCCACCUGGGGGACCCGCAGUGCCUGUUAAAGUAUUAAACUGUGAUUCGGUGACCCAAGCGAAGGAGAAGCUUCUAGAUGCUGUGUAUCGAGGAGUGCCAUAUUCGCAGCGGCCACGAGCCGAAGACAUGGAGCUAGAGUGGUGUCAGGGUGCUGGGGGACGGACCAUCUUGCAGGAUGAAGACGCCACAAGUAAAAUUGAAGGAGACUGGAAGCGCCUCAACACGUUGGGACAUUAUCAGGUAGCAGAUGGCUCCACGGUGGCCUUGGUUCCUAGGCAGGCAUCAGGCUACAAUAUUGCAAGCUCCUUCACUUUCACCCAUUCGCUGAGUCGCUAUGAGAGUUUGUUGCGUACAUCCAGCAGCCCAGAGAGCUUGCGCUCCCGAGCUCCCAUCCUCACUCCAGAUCAAGAUUCAGGCACCCGCCUCUGGCAUCUGGUCAAGAACCACGAGCAUCUCGGAGACCCCAAGGAAGGGGAGCGAGGGAGCAAGAUGGUUUCUGAGAUCUACCUCACUCGGCUCCUUGCCACCAAGGGAACGUUGCAGAAGUUUGUUGAUGAUCUGUUUGAGACAGUGUUCAGCACAGCACACCGGGCCAGUGCCCUCCCCUUGCCUAUCAAAUACAUGUUUGACUUCCUGGAUGAACAAGCAGAGCGGAGACAGAUUGGUGAUCCUGAUGUUCGACAUACCUGGAAAAGCAACUGUUUGCCCUUGAGGUUUUGGGUGAAUGUCAUCAAGAACCCACAGUUUGUUUUUGAUAUUCACAAGAGCAGCAUCACGGACGCUUGCCUCUCCGUUGUGGCCCAGACCUUCAUGGACUCCUGCUCCACCUCUGAGCACCGCCUGGGCAAGGAUUCCCCUUCGACAAAGCUAUUAUAUGCCAAGGAUAUCCCUGUUUAUAAAGGCUGGGUAGAAAGGUGA